CCAAGGACCAGCCGCAGGCCAACUGGCUGCCGGCACCCAAGGGAGUCUUCUCAAUCGUGCUGCGCCUGGUGAGACAGCCAGAGGCAUGGAUGGAUGGAUGAAUGGAUGGAUGCCACAUCUCUCUGCUGCUAUCUGUCUGAUCGCAUCUGCAGUAUUGGCCCAAGCAAUCGGUCGUCGACGGACUCUGGACGCCGCCGCCCCUCGUCAGGGCGUGA